AUGCUUACGUCUUCCUUCCUGGUCUUCUUUACCUUCAUCGCAUCGCUUGUGAGCGCUGCCACCCUCUACCGCGGCGACGGACGUGGCCCCAAGGCGAUCAAUGACGCUGGCGGUUUCUACGCCAGGGGCAACCACGACGACCACGAGAAAUACGAGGCCACCGUCUUCCAGCAUGUCACCAAGUCCCUGAAGCGCCCCAACAAGGACCCCUUCAUCUCCACCUCGACCGACCCCGCAGAGGCCGCGAAACAGGGCGGCAACAAGUACCUCUACACUAUCAACAGUGAUGAAAUCGAGGAGAACAUCAACGAUGUCGCGGCUAUGUACGAAGCAGAGAACAAGGUCUACCCGUAUCCGAACGAGAAGGAGUUCGCGGUUGAGUACCACAUCCCGCUACAGGCCAUCACCAAGGUCGAGAAGUUCGUCGAUGGCCAGUGGAAGUCUAUCAAGCUUUCCAAGCGGGGACUCGAGCUCUUCGACAAGGAUGUCUUUGUCAACUGA